AUGCCAUCUGCCAGUGUCCAUCAGUGCCACAUUUCAGUGCCACAUCAAUGCCACAUAUCAGUGCCCAUCUGAGCUGCCUUUCAGUGUCACCCAUCAGUGCCAGUCAGUGCCACCUAUCAAUGCCAGUCAGUGCCACCGAUCAGUGCUGCCAAUCAGUGCCAGUCAGUGCCGCCUAUCAGUGUGCAUCAGUGUCGCCUAUCAGUGCCAUCAGUGCCACCUAACAGUGCCAGUCAGUGCAGCCUAUCAGUGCCAUAUAUGAGUGCUGCCUUUCAGUGCCCAUCAGUGAUGCCUGUCAAUGCCCAUCAGUGCCACCUACCAGUGCCUCCUCUUCAGUGCCCAUCAGUGCCACCUAUCAGUGUCCAUCAGUGCAGCCUAUCAGUUCCCAUCAGUGCAGCCUCAUUAGCGCACAUCAAUGA